CGGUGGAGGCUCAGAUACGAUCCAACCGCCACGGUGUGCAGAAUAUCACCGACAGUCGUGUCGAUCGGAGGCACAAGAAGUCUCACUCGUUGAAAUUUUUAUUUUUUUUUUCUGAAAUUUCUUAGUUUCCGAAAUUGGUUUUUUCGUUUAGUCUGCGAAUUUGAUUGAACUCGCGAAUCGCGUCCACGGUUAGUUGCCCACAGUGUUAUUCAAGGGAAACUUUGCAACUGUGACAUUUUUGUCCCCUGCCUUCUACACAAACGAUGAAUUGCAGUGAUUAGGCAGUAGUGAUUGGUAUUUAUUUCCAGUAACCAGUAACUGCAAAGUGUGCUUCCACUCAGGAAGCUUUAAACGUGUUUCGACGACACGCGCAUAUGAAAAAAAGUGAAACACAAACGAAUGAAUAAGUGAUAAACCUGUUGUAAAGAAAAAGCUGUAUAUUUUCAACCGAAAAGUCAUCCUGGAAACGAAAAUAAAUAAUACAAUCAUUUAAAGUGCUAUCCAAGAUUUAUGAGUGAAACUUGUACACGAGUAGCAAAAGUUGCCGGAAAGUGUGGUUCAAAAGAUGAUAAUUUUAAAUUGAAACGUGUUGAUCUUAGUUUUGCAAGAUACUAUUGGAUCUAUUACAUUCUGACGAAAGGAUCAGGCGGUCACCGAACGACACCAGCUGGAAUUUGGAAUCUUGGGAGAAAGCAAGCAUCGAACAAAGCGUCGAUAAUGAAUCAUUUCUCCAUUGGAACAACUAUUUGAAACAACUAACAACUCAUCCGCACUCACACACAAACUCAAUAUCGCUCGCUCGCUAUAGUGAUCACGUCAUAUCACAGCUCGCCCGAGACCAAUUCAGACCGCCGAGGCUCUGUCUGAUCUGUGGAAGCGAAGGGUGAGUGACUAGCACGCACUAUUUUCCCCCGGAUGUUCAGACCAGGAUUAGAGCGUUGGGACCACAACGAGCGGCAGUAAAAUCUGCAAUAUUAUUAAAGUCACUUCAAGAUCGCGGCAACCGAGACAAACACACGAACGACUGAACCCGAAAGGAAACCGAAGACGCUCGGUAGCGUCAGCCAGGAUAUACUCUUUUGAAAGGAGUACAGUCGGAACACCGCCUAGUGCAGCAACUCUAUCCAUGCCUUUCAAUAUAGCGGAUUUUCGAGUGAGUUGAAGUUUCAAUAAAAUGGGCCAAGAGAAAUCUCUGCCCUCCAGAUGUACUUCCGCACAUGACUACCACCAUCACCACCACCAUCACCAUCAUCACAACCACACGACUUCUCUGGCUUCGACGACGGGUUCUAAAUCUUCCGCUGCGCCCUCCCGUUCUCCGUCCACAGCUUCGACGACCUCCUCGGCAUCGUCUGCGUCGGCGGCUUCCUCGUACAAGAGCGUUGAGCGCCAGACAAAAUACCUGAACGAACACUUAUACAUCAAAUCCUAUCUCGACAUCGAGGAAGAGGACAGAAACGCCAAACUGCUGUUCCAGAAAGUGCGUCCCGGCGGUAUACGAAAUUACACUCCGAAAAUUCUCUCGGAUAACAACAAACAAGAUCUUGAUGUGUGGAUAUAGCAGUCGAAGGCGCGACAUACUUUCCGCAUACGCUGAAACUAUCACCUAAAUAGAAGCUGCUUGCAGGAAUACUCACUUUUGUAUCAACAACUCUUUCCGCUGUUUCCUUGCAAAUUCUCUUUCAGUGUGAUAUCACUCAAAAUACAUUAUCAAAAAUCCGAUUACGACACUAGUUCUCUCGUGCAAUGGCUCUUGGACUCGCUUCCAUAGCGGCAGUAGCUGGAGGAAUUACGCACACCCCGAUAGCACUACUCACUCUCAUACCACUUAUAGCUGUAGGAGUCAAUUACUAUAGAUACCAAAGUGUGGAUCCGGAAUCAAAACCCAUAGACGAACAAACAUUAAGACGCUACUAUGACUUCGUUGUCAUUGGUGCUGGAUCGGCAGGAGCAGUUAUGGCCUCGCGACUUUCAGAAAUGGCCGACUGGUCCGUUUUGCUGCUGGAAGCGGGAGGGGAUGAAACGGAGGUGACCGACGUUCCGUCACUAGCGGGCUACCUGCAGCUGACGGAAUUUGACUGGAAGUACCAAACAACACCAUCAGGGGACCGUCGGUAUUGUCAAGCGAUGAUAGGCGAUCGGUGUAAUUGGCCUAGAGGAAAAGUUAUGGGAGGGUCUAGUGUGCUCAAUGCAAUGGUGUAUGUUCGGGGAAACCGAAAAGACUACGACAGCUGGUUAGAGCAGGGAAACAUCGGAUGGGGUUAUGAAAGUGUAUUACCGUACUUCAUCAAAUCAGAGGAUAAUCGAAAUCCAUACAUGGCACGAUCGCCAUACCAUGGUGUAGGCGGAUACCUAACAGUACAGGAAGCACCGUGGAGAACACCGCUCUCAAUAGCAUUCAUUCAGGCCGGCCAAGAGAUGGGCUACGAGUACAGAGAUAUCAACGGAGCUGAGCAAACUGGGUUUAUGUUGCUUCAAGCUACGAUGAGACGGGGAAGUCGAUGCAGUACAUCCAAGGCAUUCAUACGCCCAGUGCGAUUGAGGAAGAAUCUACACGUUGCGAUGCACGCACAAGUGACACGUAUUUUGUUCGAUAAGAACAAUAGAGCUUACGGAGUUGAGUUCUCACGUCACAACAAAAGGCAGCUGGUUUUUGCCAAGAAGGAAAUUAUACUAUCAGCAGGAGCGUUGAACACUCCUCAAAUCCUAAUGCUUAGUGGCGUGGGGCCAGCAGAUCAUCUUACCGAGCUUGGAAUUCCAGUAUUGUCCGACCUUCCAGUUGGUGACAACUUGCAAGAUCACGUGGGCCUAGGAGGCUUAACAUUCGUGGUAAACGAACCAGUAACCGUUAAGACGUCACGUUUUACAACCAUACCAGUAGCAUUUGAUUAUAUCUUCAACGAAAGAGGUCCCAUGACAUUCCCUGGAAUCGAGGGGGUGGCGUUCGUUAACACCAAAUACGCCGAUCCAUCUGGUAAAUGGCCAGACAUCCAAUUUCAUUUCGGACCGAGCUCUGUGAACUCGGACGGCGGACAAUACAUUCGGAAAAUUCUCAACCUACGUGAUGGGUUCUACAAUACAGUUUACAAACCACUUCAAAGUGCUGAAACAUGGACGAUUCUUCCACUUCUGCUGCGACCGAAAAGUACCGGAUGGGUCCGACUGCAGUCGCGAAAUCCUUUUAUACAACCCACGAUCGAACCGAACUACUUUGCCCAUCCGGAAGAUGUGGCGGUUCUUGUGGAGGGUAUUAAGAUUGCGGUUAACGUAUCUUCGACCCAAGCAUUCCAACGCUUCGGUUCUCGGCCGCACAAGAUACCGUUUCCAAGUUGCCGACAUUUGCCGUUCAUGUCCGAUGAGUACUGGGCAUGUUGCAUACAGCAGUUCACCUUCACCAUUUACCAUCCAACGGGAACCGCGAAAAUGGGCCCGAGCUGGGACCCCGGAGCGGUGGUUGAUGCUCGGUUGCGGGUGUACGGAGUUUCCGGCUUGAGGGUGGUAGACGCUAGUAUUAUGCCAACGAUCAUCAGUGGCAAUCCGAAUGCGCCGGUGAUCAUGAUCGCCGAGAAGGCAGCCGAUAUGAUCAAACAGGACUGGGGUCGUUGGUGACGACGGGGUUCAGUGACGAUAAUUCGAAUGUGCCUAACCUUUGACUGCAUUGAAAUUUGUGUACUUUAAUUAGAGAAAAUUUACAAUGUGAUAGUAAAAGUGUAACAGAGGACAAAAAUACGCACCAGUGAUUGCCGUGGUAGGAUAUAGUGAAAGACGCCGAGAGAAUAUAGUUUAAAAAAUUUCUGCUAGUCAGCACUUAUGGAUUAGAAUAUUCGAAGUGUUACUGAAUACUGAUUGUUUGAGGCAAUAGGAAGCUGUGUCAAAAAUUUUUAUGUUGACGAGAAUUUUUGUUUUAGAAAAUGCUGUAGGACCAUGCAGGACGAAACAAAAAAAAAUCAAGGAAUAUUAUGUUUCCCAUUCAGGAAAAUUUUCUGAAAGGUUUAUUCUGGUACUUCAAAUUAAAAGUACACACAGUAAACUGACCUAUUUCGUGUAGAAACUAUUUACUGUUACUUCUGA